AUGAUGAAUCAUUCACCAGUCACCGUCGGUAACCCCCUCAUAGUCGAUGAUGAGCGUUUGAGUCGGUUUUGUGAAGAAUAUGCUGGACAGGCACCGCAAUCACUGCAAGAAAUUUCUCAGAACAAUCAAAUCCUCUACCUCACAACUCGCGCCAACAAGGCCAACUUGGCUUUUUAUCAUCUACAUUACCAAUUUUCUCGCUCGCUGGAUACACUCUCGGCACUCAAGAUUAUCCCGGGAAGCAAGGCUUGUGACUGGGACCGGUCUUUUGUGCAGGAGAUUGCUCAAUCUGUUGACAUGUAUGUCCAUUGCGAGAUACCUCAUGACGCUAAAUGGGAUCCCGAAACAUCCGACGAGGUAGACUUGGUGACCACAUCCCGGUUUGAAUGUCUCCUUGCAUACUUGAAAAUCGUUGUUCAUCGACACUUGAUUGCUACUCAUCCUCAGCAAGAGCUCAAGGCAUGUCUGGUCGCAUCUAAGAUGCUGAUAAAUGUGAUCGACCACCUCAACAGCCGAGGCUUCCUUGAGCUCAGCGCUACCUGGACACCUUACGUGGUCAAUCACUCCGGCGGCCCUUACAUUCAUCUUUGCCGUUUCUACUUGACACGAGUUUAUGACAGCCUCUUAUCGAGUAGAAUCUUAUGCGGAUGCCUACCGAUGCGUGAAUAUCCUGGCCGCAUUGGCACCUAC